AUGAAGUUCUUCAUCCUCGCCGCUGUCUUCGCUAUUGCCGCCGCCGAUUCCUACAGGUCCGACGAAUACGCACCAAAGUACGUGGCUCCUAAAUAUGAGGCUCCCAAAUACCACUCCUCUUCGUACGGAGAAGUCAGCUAUGAGCCCCAACCUUACGAGUUUGGAUACUCCGUGAAAGAUGGUGAAUACUACGCUGAUUUCGAUCACUCCGAGAAAAGCGAUGGCAAAGUGAAGACUGGAUCUUACCGCGUUCAACUUCCCGAUGGCCGCACUCAGAUCGUCACUUACAAAGCUGACAGCUACGGCUACACUGCCGAUGUCAAAUACGUUGGCGAGGCCAAGUAUCCCGACUACGUCCAGUCCAAAUACAACACAUACUCUGCCCCAGCUUACGGAGCUUCCGAAUACAGCGCUCCAGCUUACAAAGCCCCAGCCUACACCGCUCCAGCCUACAAAGCCCCAGCCUACACCGCUCCAGCCUACAAAGCCCCAGCCUACACCGCUCCAGCUUACAAAGCGCCAGCCUACACCGCUCCAGCCUACAAAGCCCCAGCCUACUAA